AUGGCGAACCGUCAGAUGGCCCGCGACAUGCAAGUCGAGUUCCAGGCUCGCUUCCAAGCCAAGCAGGCUCGCCGCGAGGCCCAAAAGGCAGCCAAGCAAGAUCCCAUCCUGAAGAAGCAGAUUCAGGAACUUCUCAAGAAGGGCGAGACGCAGAAGGCUUAUCAGAAGGCCAAGAUGCUGCUUUCAAAGCAGGCGCUUGCACAGCAGAUGGAUCAGAUGGCUGAUAUGGCGGAGUUGUCUGCUGCGCAGAUCCAGGCCAACAACUCGAUGAACCGCAUGACACAGAUGAUGGCCCAGUCAUCACGAACUAUGAAUGUGGCCCAGAAGAACACCAACCCCGAGAAGACCCUCGUCACUCUCGAGCAGUUCAAGCAGCAAAACGAAGAAUACGCUAUGUCCAACGGCAUCUACCAAGACGCCAUUACCCAGUCUACCUCCACCCAAGUCGGCGAGGAUGCUGUCCACGAACUUCUCGGCAAGCUGGCCGACGACGCUGGCCUUGAGCUCAGCAAGGAACUCAACCAAGCGACACCAUCGAACGCCGAACCCCAGCAGACCAACGAGCCUACCGCCGAGGAAGAGGAUAAGCUUCAGCAGAGGCUGCGAGCCCUUCGCGCAUAG